AUGUCUAAGAUCAAGAAGAGAGUUUCCUUUGCAGAUGCGGCUGGCUUCACGCUCGAAUUUGUAAAAAUAAUUCCACCACACAGUGGAGAAGAUUAUGUUAACAUUUACACCAGUAACUUGUGGAACGUCAACAACAACUACAGCCGAAGUUUGCCAAGUCCACAACCAUUAGGGAAGUACUUGUCUCCAAGUUUUACCGAGCCUUAUAAAACAAGCUCUUUCUUCGAACGUGUUUACAGUCAGAAUGUUUGCCUCGAAAGCAUUGUAUGCCAUUACUCUGUUGUUACUGGAAGUAUUCGAGUAACUAACAUAGGUUUCGCUAAAGAAGUGAUAGUGAGAUUCACGCCAGAUAACUGGAAGUCCUAUCGAGAUAUUUGGGCGGAUUAUCUCUCCUCAAGCAUGGAUGGAAAAACGGAUAAGUUCUGGUUUCGUGUUACAGUUCCAAUGGAUUCUGCCGUCGAUCUAGAAAUUAAAUUUGCGAUUCGUUAUUGCAUUGGCGGUCAAGAGUUUUGGGACAAUAACUUGAAUAGCAAUUAUAAAAUACAGUGCAUUGAAUCCAGUUAA